AUGUGGUCCACAUGGCCCGGGUACAACCCCAACCACCGAUGGGUCAAGGAAGCUCUUUCUACAUCAAAGUUGGAAAACAACUCGGAGGUCGUUCCUACCAACGGACUGCCGUCCAUCGACGUCGACUCCGUCUUGGAGUCCUCCGCACCGUCGUCUGGGGCAUGGACUCGACCCCUGGGGCUCAUUGAAACCAAAUUCGACCUCGCUGCCCAAAACGAUGGGCAAGGCGACGUGUUCGUUCGAAUGAAGACUCGAGUACCCGCCCAUGGGGUGGACGUCCUGCAGCGUCGCGUAUUGCUGGCUUGGACGAGGCUUCGCACGCUGCACCUCUCUCUCGCUUAUACCGUCCACGACGGACCUCAGGGGGAAAUGCAACAUGUACCAGGAGUCAGAAAUCGCGUGUUUCGAUAUCAUGUACCUCAAAAUGACCGCGAUGCGAUCGAACAAGCUUGGAGGACGGUGCACGUUCAGCACUCGAGCGAUCCUGGGAAAGCUGCCCGUGAGCUUCAACAGCAGCAAGUCCUGAACGGGCCAAGGUCCCAGUUGCAACAGUCAUCGUGUCUGGCACGAAUGGUUGUGAUCAUCAACGACGCGCAGUCAAGUGACGCCGAUUCGCAUUUGGACCCGGUGUUCAUGCUGGCUCUGUCGCAUGUUGUAUGUCAGCAUUUUCCUCGGGUAGCAAGGUCUCCUAUCUCCACUCCCUCGGGGUUCGGAAAUGGCUCGAUCUGUACAGGAGCUUACUCCCCUCGUGCUAUCGCUGCCAUAGAUCUCGGACGGUAUCUCCAUCGUCAAUGCCAUGCGGGACUUCUUUGAGUUGUUGACUUCACCUUGGCCUCCAACGCCUCCGACGUCGCCUCCGUACACUCGAUGCUUGGACGAAUUGGAUCCAGACUCUGUGUUCUUGUGGGACGUCGCUCCGGGCGUGCUCUCCGCUUGGAACCUUACCGCACCUGAGGCCGAACAACUAUCACAGCUCACCCUUGCGACUGAAGAUCUUUGGCCGUCGCUACCCCUCGAUUCGCCGAAUUCGGCCUCCGUAGCUCGCAAGAGAUGGUUUUGGGCGAUCACGCGAACAAUCAUGUUGAACCGACACAGAAGAGCACCUGAGAUGUUCGCUUUCCCUCGCUUGUCAUUUGCCGGAGUUGGGAACGAGCUUCCCAGAACGGAGUGGCUGACGCUCAAACUGAACGUCGAGAAGAGUCAACGUAUCGUUGGGGUGUGUCGUAGGGAACGGAUCAGUCCGAGUAAGUCCAGAGUCCAAGAAUGGCGGUUCACUCCUCAGUAUUUCUCAUUAUUGCUCGAUGCAAUUCCCUAGGCAUGCUGCUCUAUUCGAUCAUGUCCAUCGUCGUAUCGCGCUUCUUUGCCUCUGCGACCAGCUCACUCGGCUACCGCCCUCUCAAGAUUGGAUUUCCAUCCUCGAUACGACCCUUUCUCGAUCCCUCCCUCAAAGCCAAAGGGCCGGACUUUACCAGCGAUCUCGCCAUCCGUCUCACGUUCGGUCACAUCGCCCUCCCUUUCUACGAUACCGAAGCACAAGAAUUGUGUGGCGAGCGCCUCAAGUGGAGGAUCUUCAAAGGCGCAAGGUUGGCCAAGAGGCAAUUCGACACGAGGUUCCGGGAACAGGAGAGGGGUUUCUUCCUCGCUGAUAAUUAUCAUAGGAUGUUGUUUCGAGUACUGUGAGUUUGGCGCUGCGGACGAGGCUGAUUUUGCCUCUCUGUCGGUGGAGGCUGAUUGGGUUCUUACUUCGGCAGAUCCGCGGCAGGUCAAGAUCCUGUCCCGAUUGAGGAGCCUAGCACUGUCAUUAAUGCAUCGAGUGAGUCCAGGGGUCUUGUUUUUGUCGUAAAAAAAGAGAGAAAAAAAAAUCAAAUGAUCUGACGAUGUAUCGCAUUGGCAGUGAUUGGGGACCUCGAUCGCCUGUUGCCGAGCUCGUUCCCUCUACUUGCAACACUAGAGAACAAAGCCUCGAACACCCCACCACCCACCCUCGACAUCACCGACCUCUCCAUCGGCACCCGCCUCCACCGUGGCGAAGGGAUGUUCACCGAAGUAUACACGUUCGGUCGACGGUUGUACGUCUCGGUCGGGUUCGACGAGCAGAUUUAUGAGAAGGCUUUCAUCGAGUCUUCGAUUCUAGGAGCGAUUGAAAGUGUGUUGCUGAGGGUCGAUUGA